AUGAGAAACCUCAUCAUGACGGCUCUGGCGUGCGGUGUUGCGGCCGCUGCGUUCUGGCUUGCGCGACUGCGCAGCCCACACUUGCCGGUGCCCAUCAUCAGCAAUCCCGAUCACCAGAACACCAUUGCCCACAUCUGUGACGUAUACCGGGACUACCUGUCCUUCAGCACGGCGACGCAGGUCCUAAAGCUAUACGAGAUCUUGGGCCUGGACGCAGCUUGGAACCCAGGGGUUGCAGAUGUCUGGUUGGCGCUGCGGGACCGGGUGGAGGGAAAUUACUACGUAAACGGCGGCCCCCUGGACGACAUUAGUACCUCAGCCGGCUUGCUGCAUGGAGAGAGAGACGAGAACCAAAACCAGGACCAGACGAAGGAGAAGAAGAAGAGAGAUGCCAAGGGGUGGUUAGGCAGCCAUGAUGACGGCGAGGCCUCUUGGGCAUCGUCAUGGUCGCCCCAGCUUCCGCCCCUGCCCCCCAUGCCACCCCAAGCCAGCGAGGUUUGGGCGCAGAUCGCCAACGUUCUGAUUGACAGCAAGCUGCGCACUACGUACGACCAGGUCUUCAUGUCUGUGUUGACGGGACUGGGGGUCGAUCGGACGGCAGUUUCUUGUCACUUUCACUUGGCACGCCCCGACGCACACACAACCAUGGUCUACCAUGCUGUUGCCCGCGGUAAGUUGACCGUCGAACGCGCCAUCUUCCAAGGGCCAACCAUAAGCAAAAAGGUCAAAAAACUCAGUAGCAUCGCCCUCUGGGAGCAGCAUACCCGCUUAAUCCAGAGGCUCAACUAUGCGGACAACCCUCCGCAUCCUCACAGAAACCUCAUCACUCCCAAUAAUCUCGCCCAUGCCAAGUUGCUGCAGCCAGAUUACAAGAUUCCAGAUGCUAUUGAGGGCGAAGACCAAGAAACCCAUCUAUACAAGAAGCGGAAGAAGGCCGUGGAAGCCGGAUCAUCUGCCCCGAAAUCACCUCCGAAGCCACCCUCGCAAUCCGGGUCUACACCGAAAGAGCAUGGCAUUGAGGACAAGAGCGAGCAUAACAUCGAGGACGAGAUCGAGCAUGAGAGCAACUCCAAGGCAACAUCGACGACCUUGCUGCCCACGGCAACAUCGACGACCGUCCUGCCCGAAAACCGCCUCGAUUCUGAAUACUUGUGGCAAGCCGGUGGUGACCGGGCUGACCCGAACGGCCUUCUCUCACAGGGACACGUCUCGUACCCUGUGCCAGUCGAUUACCAGGCCCAGGCCGAGGCCCAGAGGACGUUGGAGAGAGGAAUUCAGGGGCUUCACGUCAACUGUCCUCGUCCGCAGUACGCGCCUACCACCGGGGCCCUUCAUCGACCGAGCCGAGAGCUUACGUUCACGAUGGGUGACGACGGUUUGGGAGACGAGCAGCAGAAGCGGGACCAAGAUGGAUAUGUAUCACCCGCCGAGGGUCAUCGAGACGGCCCGGCCAGACUCAGACCCCAGGGGCCCCGUGAUGAGGCGCAGCCUGUUGGCGGCGGCGGCGAGCGUUCCUCUGGGCCGAACGCCUUCUCGCAGGACGACCUGACAACGUUCUUGGCUUGGCGCAGUGAAAGACGGAGGGGGCCCAGGCCCGGCGACAAAAUGUAG